UAUUGUCAUUAAAAAUGCAACGUCUAACAAUCACAAUCAAAAAUGCAUCCGUAACAUAAAAAUGUUGUUUUACUAUUUCAUGAGUGAAAAUGUCCUAUUUAUGAAAAUGUUUUAAAUUACAGAGAUAGUAUUGCAGGGCCUACAUUAACUGUUAGCGUAGUUAACGCAUACUUUGUUAGAAUGACGUGAUUCUUUUGUAAUUAUAAUCCAAUCGCUAUUCUAAAUUCUGUUCAAGGCGGGUAGGUCAUCUUUUGUUCUUUCUGCAAUCAUGGGUGAAGACACUGCAGCACAAAAGCUUCGUUUAGAGAACUGGAUGAGUGACCUGCCUGCUCCCCUUAAAGAAUUACCGCUGAUAUUCCUUGCUAUACCAGGAAGCCAUGACUCCAUGACAUAUGGCAUAACCAGGUCUAGUACCGUGGCUCCAGAUGCCGAACCAAUACUCAACCGACUGUACCCGUUAUUCCGAGGUACGAUUUUACGAUGGACCAUAACGCAGGCCAGUGACACUUGGCACCAACUUCUCAUUGGCAUUAGAUACUUUGACCUGAGACUGGCUACCAAGGUAGAUGAUGACAAGUUCCAUUUCACCCAUGGACUUUAUGGAGACGAAAUAUCCACCGCUUUGGGACAAGUUAAGGAGUUUGUUGAUACUCACCCUGGAGAGGUGGUAAUACUAGACUGCCAGCAUUUCUACGGGUUCACCCGAGAAGACCACAUGAGGUUGCGUCGGUACUUGCUCGACUUGUACGGGCCGAGACUCGUACCGCGUCAGAUUGACCUGCAUGCCAUCACGCUCAACUCGCUCAAUAGGCUCAAAAUGCAGGUGAUCAUAGUCUAUCGCAACGAGACAGUGAACACAACGGGUGAGUUCUGGCAGCCUCAGAUGAUGCCGUCGCCGUGGCCUCAGCAGGACACCAUCACAGGCCUGGUGUCCUUCCUCGAGAACAUUCGGCGACACCCCAGCACGGGGUUCGUGCAUCAGGCUGUACUUACACCUACGCCUAUAUUUAUUGUGCUUCGGUGGAUAUCAAGUUUACGUGAGAGAUGUGCAGUGCCAGUCAUCAAAGAAGUAUUGCCUAAGCUAGCAGACUUCACCCCGGGCCCGCCCGCGCCGGCACACAAGCCCGGCGCCCGCGCACCCGUCAACGUCGUCAUCGCUGACUUCGUCGACAUGGACAACGCAAUAUUCCCCCGAACCAUUAUAGACCUUAACAUGAAGCUCUUAAGACACACAGACGUUGUUCACCACAAUAAUGGGUAAGGCCUACAAUCUCACAAUCUAGGCUUUGUUUUUAAUUAGUUCGCCCGUUGACGAAUUGUGUCGAUUUUUUACAAGUACCUGAAGCUUUUUUACGUAUUUUAAUACAAGACUUUUCUGUGAUAAUUAAAUCAUAUUUUUAUAUACUUUCAGUAAUGCAUAUAAUUAUUGUAAACAUAUAUUGCCAUUAGUAUAUUUAUGAUGAUCUGUUGUAUGCCAUUAGAAAUAAAACAUAUUGUACAAGUGCCUCAAAUAAAGGUAGAUGUAUUUCAAAUGAAA